GGGUUCAAAACGCCUAGAGGAAGAUCAAAGUUUGGGAAAAACUUCUUUACUUUAUGACUGUGAAAUACGCAAUCCCCAUCAUGGGCUAAAUCAGGUAUGGGCAAACUUCAGCCCUCCUGAUGUUUUGGACUUAGACUCCCACAAUUCCUAACAGCCGGUUGUUAGGAAUUGUGGGAGUUGAAGUCCAAAACACCCGGAGGGAAGGCCGAAGUUGUAGCCAGCCUUGAACCCUAAGGAGGGCGGAAAUCAAAUAAAACCUAUUGGUGUUAUUGCUGUUACCCAGAGAUGAGUUGAAGUUUCCUUUAUCAAAGUAAACUAAAGCAAACAAGUCUCCAUGGGAGUGUCUGGGGGAUACUUCUCUGGUUAUCUUUUCUGUCCAAGCAGCCAAGUUGACAUGCCAUAAAGUCUUCCUAGCAUAAGCAAUUCCUGGAGUUUAUUCUAAGUUCAAGUACUGAAUGUGUAUUCUUCCACAAUAACAAGGGGAAGAAACAGCUUUAUUUAUCGUGUCAGAAGCGAACCGAGGGUACAGUAGUGAUGUAUUUAAAAACACAAAGUUUAAGAAAACGACAACAACUUGGCAUUAUUCUAAAUGUCCUUUGACCAAUAGUUGCCCACUUGGAGUGCUUCUUGUGUUGUUAGAAGGUCCUUUAUUGUGCAUGUGGCAGGGCUCAGGAUGCAUUGUAAGGUCCGUGAUUUGCUCUUCUCCACAUUUGCAUGUCGUGGACUCCACUUUGUGGCCCCAUUUCAUAAGGGGCUCUGCAUCUCGUGGUGCCUGAAUGCAGUCUGUUCAGUGCCUUCCAGGUCUCCAAGUCUUCUGUUUGCCCAGGAGGGAGUCUCUCAUCUGGUAUCAGCCACUGAUUGAGGUCCCAGGUUUUAGCCUGCCACUUUUGGACUCUUGCUUGCUGAAGUGUUCCUCAUGGCUUCCAGGAGGAACACAGGUGACCCUAAGGGAAAGAGCCCAGUCAAGAAGAUUCCAGCUAAGAGCUUUUCCUGUCCGGCAAUGUCUUUGGAUGAUGAUGACAGCACGGACUCAUCCACAUGCAAUAUGGAACAUGUGCCUGCUUUAGAAUGCCAAAGGGGCCCAGACCGUACAUCAGCAGGCACCAACAUAACAAAAGAAGAUAUUUUAAGGAUGAUAGUGGCAGCUAUUGGAGUUUUUCUUGCUAUUGUCAUUGCCUUCCUCUAUCUAGAAGCAUCUUAUCGAUGGCAUAAGCAGCAAGUAUCUGGACCAGCCUGUCCCUAUGAUUGGAUUGGGUAUCGUGGAAGAUGCUACUUCUUUUCAACAGAAACAAGAAAUUGGACUUCUAGCCAGAACUUCUGUUUAUCACAUGGGGCCCACCUGCUCAAUUUCAAUCCUAUCGAAGAAAAGGAGUUUGUGAUGCGUUACAGAGGCAAAACUUCGUUUUGGAUUGGCCUCAGCCGAGACCCAGGCCAGCCAUGGAAAUGGACAAAAGGAGAAACUUCCAUGCUGAAAGUUAUUGGAGAUGGGGGAAAUUGUGCUUUUCUAAACAGUGAAGCUACUGCUACCUCCUUCAGGUGUCAUACAGAACUACCCUGGAUUUGCAGCAAAGUUGACGUAUUUAAAUGUGAAAAUACAAAUGGAUCAUGCAGUGACAAAAACGCAACUUAAUCUGUGAUGGCACGCCCACGCCUUUGGGAAAACAAUAGUGUCUGGCUUUACUUGAGGGGCUAUAUGUAUACCAUCUAUUAAGAUCAAGACUUUUGACAUGCAGAGGCACUUUAGACAAGGUGAAAAGAUAACCAAAAUGGGUUUUCUGAAAACAAGAUGAAUAAAGGGUUAACUCAACCUUUAGCUUAAAACAAUACAUUACAAAGGGAGAAUUUGCUGGUUGCAGUUAUCUCUCUGGAGUCUUUGAAAGUCCUCUGUGCCUGGUGUGAAGAAAUGGCUCACAAGCUGGAGCCCAAGGGCUGUCUCAAUCUUCUUUCUUUGUGAAGCCCAAGCUGGUCAAAAGGCUUUUAUCGUCUCUGGGACUGACGGUAUAAGAAUAUUGCUGAAUGAAGUGUUUAAUGCUAAGGAUGUCUGUUUUGGCUUGCUAGGCCUAGGAUUUCCAGACAAACACCAGGCUUGUAGUCUCUGUAGUUCUACUGCAGAAAAAGGAGGAAUCUAACAAAAGGGCUCUAUACAGGCAAAAGGACUAAACUAACUAAGGCUGUCCUCUAGGGGGAUGUUAUGCUCCACCCAAAAACUUUGUAAAAAUGGAGAAAUCUACACUAUUGGGAAAACCUAAACAGAGGGAACUAAAGCAGAGGAGAGGAAAAGGCAGGGUCAAGGCCUCACAUUUGUAAUCUCCAAAAUACAAAUUUGAGGGGACAUCCUAGGAUUUCCUUUAGCAAUACCAUCCACUACUUGAAUGCAGAAUCUGAGGACCAACUUCUACUAGCCUACCUCCUGCCACCAAAUUUUCUUGGGCGCAACUGCUAAAACAUGUAGGAGUUAGGGAAAGAAAUGCCAGAACAGAAUGAGUGUGUUUGUAAUUGUUCAUUAAAUGAUAAAGAACCAUUGGUCACCAUGUCCUAUGGAAUUGAGCCUUUGAACAAGGUGCUAUGAAAAUUAUCAUCUAUCCUCAAGUAUGAGCCAAGUUUUUAAGCCCUCGACUUAUACCUGAGUGAGGGUCCUGGUCAGCUUAUAUUCGGGUCGGCUUAUACUCGAGUAUGUAAGUAGUCAGAGUUGGACAGUCUUAUCUUAAAUUACAAUUUUAUGUAAAUAUUCAAAAACAUUUACUCUAUUGAUGCCUCAAUGUAAUUUUAUUGGUAUCUAUUUUUAUUUUUGAAAUUUACCAGUAGCUCUGCAUUUCCCACCCUCAUCGUCUACACAAGACAAUAAGUUUUCCUAGUUUUUUGUGGAAAAAUUAGGUGCCUCAGCUUACAUUUGGGUCAGCUUAUAUUCGAGUGUAUACGGGUAAGUGCUUAUAAAUGAAAGAUGUUGUUUAGCGUGAUAUGCUGGGAUUCAGAAUUUACUGUUCUGUUCCUUUUAUUGCGCCAAAUUGCUAUAUGUGUGUGUGUAAAGAAAUCCUUGCAAAGUUGCUUGCAAAAGAUCUCUGUUUUUGCAGAGGCAAGCCACGCCUCAAACAAUUUAUCGGUUUGCUGGCAGAUGGCUUGGUUUUGUCAGUUGGGAAUCUGGGCUUGCAGGGAGAGCACAGAAAAGACAGGCUUUCUAGCUACGGUCAAGUAGCAGUUUAAAUAUGCUAUGCUGGGUAUAUUGAAUGCUGAUUGAUUAGUUAUUGAUCCUAUGCAACUACAAGGACAUUGUACGAUUGCUGAACUGUUUAUUUGACUUCAACUCAACAAGUAAAGUUUUCUUUGUUCUUUUAAUUCCUCUGCCUGGUCUGAGUCUUUUGCACAUGGUGUUAACUGGACGCUGCUGGUUCUGCUAUACACACUCGCUAAUACCUUUUAUGUAAAUCCAAGGACAAAUUAUGUCAAAUUAACCUUGCUAUGUUACAUAAAAUUCCAUAAGGAUAUAGGCAAAAAUUAUUUGAAAAAUAUUUAGCUUUGCAUCACCCAUUAACAUUAUUUAUUAUUUGCCUCUGUUUUUUCUGGUAUUUCCUUUGUAUUCUGGGGUUAAUGUUCCUAAGAUUUUGUCAGGAUUUGUCAGUGAGCAAAGUGUGAGAGCAUAUCCAAGUACCCGUGUGUGCUGUUUUAUCAGGGACCUCAAGACUACUCAGAGACUUAAAGCUAACUUUCCUUGCUCAAUAGAAAGAGUACACAAUAAUCCCAACAGAUUUUACUUAACACUGUUAUUGAGAAAAGGACCCCCCAUAUUUCUGACCAUGAUCACGGAUUGAACCCGUGACUUCUAAAGGACCUUGAUCUUGCAAACUGCCAAACCUUUCAGGGUUUUGCUGCAAUCAGUUCACUAAUUACCUUUCCUGGUCCACCUUACAACACAUAAAAGAGGCAAGCCCAAUCCAGGGGAAGAGCAAUUAUUUAUCUUCACAACUCUUUUUUGUACCUAUAGUAUGUAAAGUUAAGCUCAUCAUGUUAUCAGUGACUAUAUUGGAAGGAGCCCUGAGUUCUGGGAAAGCCUUUGUACCCUACAUGUGAACCAACCCGGGAAGCUCAACAGUUUGCAUAUCACAGAUCCCCUCAGACACACAUUGUAUGCAGAUGCACACAUUCCAAAUACCUUCUAGUCUCUCCACACAAAUAAAUGAUGACACCAAAAGUCAAGAUACAGAAUGAUCUCCAACAGUUUAAGUUUCCCACCAUACAGCCAAUCAUUGCCAAACCAAGGUUCAUCCUUGAGGACUUUUAAAUUUGCAGCCAAUCAAAAGUGUUGGAUGGGAGAAUACCUUGACCAAUGGAACCAACAGUCCGGAAAUGCCUCCAGUCAUUGUCAUUUCCCAUGACUUUUAAAGAAUGUAAAUGUCUGUAAAAUGUCUGGAACUAUUGAUUCAAGGCAUGUCAAAUCUGGGAAAUCUUGUGUCCCUGACAUCCAUUUUGAUCAGAGCUGAAAUAAAGAUUUCUUCUUGCCUUCA